AUACCCAUGAUGCCUUGCAGUGCACUGUGGUGAACUGUCAGCUGGGUGUGUUCUGUUUUGUUUUUGGAGUGUCACUAUAUACAUGGAAGAGAGCUCUGCUGGAUUCUCCCUCAGUUCACGACUGAAGCGAGCAAAAAGCAAAAAGGGAAUACACUGAUUUUGACAGUGGAUUUUGUUGCUGCAGACAGGGAAACUAAUUUCACCUGUGGCAGGGAUGAAGAGAGCUGUGUCAUUUCUGAUCACUGUCUACAUCACAGUGCCUCUUGUUCUCGACCAGUUCCCCUGGAUACUGGGCUAUGCCAUAUUCUCUCACUUGUUGAGGUUUCCAUUCUUCGUGGACCUUGGCAGACCUGAAAUUGUUGUGAGCCACACGUGCAACUUUUACCUCAACACAGAAGAGGGUGUCUCAGUGGGAAUAUGGCAUACGCUCCCCGCCAGCCAAUGGGAGGAGGCCGCGGGGAGAGGCCCUGAGUGGUACCGGGAGGCUCUGGGAGACGGCCAUCCUGUUAUUAUCUAUCUCCAUGGCAACGUAGGAACCAGGGCCAUAAAUCACAGAGUACAGCUGGUGAAGAUCUUAAGCGCUGCAGGAUAUCAUGUCUUAUCCUUAGACUACAGAGGUUUUGGAGACUCCAGUGGAGAGCCAAGUGAAGCUGGACUGACCAGUGACGCCCUCUACCUGUACCAGUGGGUAAAGAAACAAAGCAGACAGAGUCUUGUCUGUUUGUGGGGACACUCACUCGGCUCUGGGGUGGCAACUAAUGCUGCUGUGAAACUGAAAGAGCAAGGCUCUGAUGUUGAUGCUUUGGUCCUUGAAGCUCCGUACACAAGAAUCGGAGAGGUCGUAGCCAUUCAUCCGCUCACUAAGAUGUACAUGUUCCUUCCAGGAUUUGAGAGGUUGCUGUGGAAAAUCCUGGAAAGAAACAACAUCGUAUUUGCAAAUGAUAAAAAUUUACAGACGUUGACCAGUCCACUUCUCAUUCUGCAUUCAGAGGACGACGAUGUUGUACCGUAUCACAUGGGUCUGAAGCUGUACCAGAUAUCGCUCCAGGCUCAGAAGAAACACAACACAGAUGUUCAGGUUGAAAUGAUCUCCUACGCUGCAAAUCGCAGAUUCUCCCACAGCAACAUCUACUUAGAUCCAAAUCUGUCAAAUGUGGUCAGGGGAUUUCUACAAAAGCUGAGACAGUAGAGUGGCUCCAGGGAAGUGCGUCUGUUGAGCAGAGUUUUGUCAUUUUGUUGAUUCUGUACAGAUUUAUUUCAAUGGACUUCUAAAAAAUUAAAUAAAAGCACUUAAUAUGAAAUUA